AUGAGUUAUGACUACCAUCAGAACUGGGGCCGUGAUGGGGGGCCCCGCAGCUCCGGUGGGGGCUAUGGAGGGGGUUCGGCAGGGGGUCAUGGAGGGAACCGAGGCUCCGGAGGAGGCGGCGGCGGCGGAGGAGGUGGUCGAGGCGGCAGGGGCCGGCAUCCCGGGCACCUGAAAGGCCGUGAAAUCGGCAUGUGGUACGCGAAAAAACAGGGACAGAAGAACAAGGAAGCGGAGAGGCAAGAGAGAGCUGUAGUACACAUGGAUGAACGACGAGAAGAACAAAUUGUGCAGCUACUGAAUUCUGUUCAAGCGAAGAAUGAUAAAGAGUCGGAAGCACAGAUAUCCUGGUUUGCUCCUGAGGAUCAUGGAUACGGUACUGAAGUUUGUGCUAAGAACACACCAUGCUCAGAGAAGAAACUUGACAUCCAGGAAAAGAAGUUGAUAAACCAAGAAAAAAAAAUGUUUAGAAUCAGGAACAAAUCAUAUAUUGACCAAGAUUCUGAAUAUCUCUUGCAAGAAAAUGAACCAGAUGGAACUUUAGACCAAAAAUUAUUGGAAGAUUUACAAAAGAAAAAAGAUGAUCUUCGGUAUAUUGAAAUGCAGCAUUUCAGAGAAAAGCUGCCUUCAUAUGGAAUGCAAAAGGAAUUGGUAAAUUUAAUUGAUAAACAUCAGGUAACAGUAAUAAGUGGUGAAACUGGUUGUGGCAAAACCACUCAAGUUACUCAGUUCAUUUUGGAUAACUACAUUGAAAGAGGAAAAGGAUCUGCUUGCAGGAUCGUUUGUACUCAGCCAAGAAGAAUUAGUGCCAUUUCAGUUGCGGAAAGAGUGGCUGCAGAAAGGGCAGAAUCUUGUGGCAAUGGUAAUAGUACUGGAUAUCAAAUUCGUCUCCAGAGUCGGUUGCCAAGGAAACAGGGUUCUAUCUUAUACUGUACAACAGGAAUCAUCCUUCAGUGGCUCCAGUCAGACCCGUAUUUGUCCAGCGUUAGUCAUAUUGUACUUGAUGAAAUCCAUGAAAGAAACCUGCAGUCAGAUGUUUUAAUGACUGUUGUUAAAGAUCUUCUCAAUUUUCGAUCUGACUUGAAAGUAAUACUGAUGAGUGCAACGUUGAAUGCGGAAAAGUUUUCAGAAUAUUUUGGUAACUGUCCAAUGAUACAUAUACCUGGUUUUACCUUUCCAGUUGUGGAAUAUCUUUUGGAAGAUAUAAUUGAAAAAAUAAGGUAUAUUCCAGAACAAAAAGAACACAGAUCCCAGUUUAAGAGGGGUUUCAUGCAAGGGCAUGUAAACAGGCAAGAAAAAGAAGAAAAAGAAGCAAUAUAUAAAGAACGUUGGCCAGAUUAUGUAAGGGAACUGCGAAGAAGGUAUUCUGCAAAUACUGUAGAUGUUAUAGAAAUGAUGGAUGAUGAUAAAGUUGAUCUCAAUUUGAUUGUUGCCCUUAUCCGAUACAUUGUUUUGGAAGAAGAGGAUGGUGCGAUACUGGUCUUUCUACCAGGCUGGGACAAUAUCAGCACUUUACAUGAUCUCUUGAUGUCACAAGUAAUGUUUAAAUCAGAUAAAUUUUUAAUUAUACCUUUACAUUCAUUGAUGCCUACAGUUAACCAGACACAGGUGUUUAAAAGAACCCCUCCUGGUGUUCGGAAAAUAGUAAUUGCUACCAACAUUGCGGAGACUAGCAUUACCAUAGACGAUGUCGUUUAUGUGAUAGAUGGAGGAAAAAUAAAAGAGACACAUUUUGAUACUCAGAACAAUAUCAGUACAAUAUCCGCUGAGUGGGUUAGUAAAGCUAAUGCCAAACAGAGAAAAGGUCGAGCUGGAAGAGUUCAACCUGGUCAUUGCUAUCAUCUGUAUAAUGGUCUUAGAGCAAGUCUUCUAGAUGACUAUCAGCUGCCAGAAAUUUUGAGAACUCCUUUGGAAGAACUUUGUUUACAAAUAAAGAUUUUAAGGCUAGGUGGAAUUGCUUAUUUUCUGAGUAGAUUAAUGGAUCCACCAUCAAAUGAGGCAGUGUUACUCUCCAUAAGACACCUAAUGGAGCUGAACGCUUUAGAUAAACAAGAAGAAUUGACACCUCUUGGAGUCCACUUGGCACGAUUACCCGUUGAGCCACAUAUUGGAAAAAUGAUUCUUUUUGGAGCUCUGUUCUGCUGCUUAGACCCAGUACUCACUAUUGCUGCUAGUCUCAGUUUCAAAGAUCCAUUUGUCAUUCCAUUGGGAAAAGAAAAGAUUGCAGAUGCAAGAAGAAAGGAAUUGGCAAAGGAUACUAGAAGUGAUCACUUAACAGUUGUGAAUGCGUUUGAGGGUUGGGAAGAGGCUAGGCGACGUGGUUUCAGAUACGAAAAGGACUAUUGCUGGGAGUAUUUUCUGUCUUCAAACACACUGCAGACUACACUGAACUGGGGAUUCGAAGCCAGUGGGAAUAGAAAUAUCCUCAUCUUCUCCCAGGACUCAUACACCCCAGCUAUGUGACGUGAGGCCUGAUACUGGACGUUUAACAGAUGUACAAAGUAAUAAACAAAAAAAUCUAACAUACCGAAUCAGAAGUCCCCAGUCAUUAGCAAAAUGGAAAAAAAGGAUCACCACAAUUCGGAAAGAAAGGAAAAGAAAAGCAAAAAAAAUGGAAUGCCAUGUUUCAGUAGAAGACAACUUACAACUGUUUCGUAAUAUGGAAUAACUAAUAAGAAUAUGAAUCCAGCAAAACAAAGGUUAGAAAAUAAACAAUAGAGUGAAUGAAGACUCCCGAGCUGAGAAAAUAAAUUGAAGAACAAAAGAAAUCACAAGGAAUAGAAUGGACACCCCUUAAAAACAAGUUAUUGCCAUAGGAAAAAAGCUUGAACUAAUCACAGUUUAUGGAGGUACCUGAAAAAGACAAAAAUUAAAGCAAUAAGUGAAAUCUUAAAGACGGGAAGACAGGACUGAUCCAUCAUGAGAACAGUAGAUAUUAGCAUCUGCAUAGAAAUCCUGUGUAAUUGAAUAUUUAUUUUGAGCUGUAUAUAAGAACAUUUUUUUUGAAAUGGAAAAAAUGAACAGAAGUAUGAAAACAUAACUGAAUCCAAGUGUUUGAGAAUGUCAUGUUCAGUCAGGAUAUGAAUUCAGGUGUAAAGAAAAACAACAGGUAUUCAAGAAAAUACUCAAGAAAUACUAUAACCCUGAUCUCUUCUUGAAAAGCCCAUUGACAGUGAAGUGCUGUCAGUUAAAAGGGGAAUCACAGUGGAGAUUUCAGGAUUGGAGAGUGCAUGCUUAAUCAGCUGGUAGUAUACAUUAGAAGUAUUUAAAUAUAGAGCUAAUAAUAAAAUGGUGUUAGGAAUUAUACAUGCAAAAUAGAAUGUAAAUUAUCCUGAAUGGUAUAAAAUAAUGGCAGUAAAAACCAGGAGGUGUCUGGGGUAAGAAAGUCAGGUGUAAGGAAAUUAGGUGGGGAAGUCACACCUUUCAUAAAAGGGAUAUAUACUUAAAUAUAACCAACUUUAUAUUUCAUAAUCUCUAAAAGGAAUUCCUUAGGAAAUAUUUCUGUGCUUAUGAAAAUUUAAGAUUCAUCUGGUCAUUCACUUUCAUUUCUAUUUAAUUUUUCUUUAAAUUGAACUAAAGUUAAUUGUUGUAUAAAGAAUUUCUAUACUAUGAUUCUGUCAUUAGGAUACAUUUCUUCUAUCAGUAUAUAUGCUUAAUGGGUGUCUGCAAUCUUGUUUAUUUAGAAGACUGAGUAUUGAGGCAUGGGAAGUACUUUUCUAU